AUGCCCCCCAAGCGCACCAAAAGUAUUACUCCAUCUGCUGUUGCUCCAACUGGGGCAGCUGCUGUUAAUAAGGGCUGGGAGACAGCUCUUACCGCUGCUGUAUUUGAGGAGGUUAACUGGAGGGCCAGUGUGUCUUUGGUGCAGGUAGAGAAAGCAGAGGACGAACAGCUCAUCUCUGCUCUCCUGCAAGCCGUUCAGCAACCCCUGCGCAAGCUUUUCAGUGUGCUGUCCUGGGAGAACACUCUGGAAAAGAUCAAUGAACUGGGAAAUCCAAAGACCAGAAAGACCAAGGAUGUUCCCAUGUUUUUUGAGGUGACUGAAGUUGCAAAGUCUCUGAUGGAUGCUGGAGAGGAAAUUACUUUAGAUCUGAUGGCAAAAUUAAUAAAGUUUCAGCUUCUGGCCAUCAAAAACAAUGACAUUCAAAGGAGGGCUGCUGAACAGAAGGCUUUAGAGGAAAAUACUUGUGUUAAAGUCAAUUCUGCCAGCAAAGAUCAGGGAGGUAAAGGAGCAACAAAAGGGAAAAAAGCUGAGCUUCCGGUUCCAACCAAAGACACCAAACUCAAACGCAGAGGAGAGGAGGAGAGCACAAUCAAAUAUAUAGAUGAUGAGCCAGACGAUGGGCCACAGCACUACAUCCUGAUGGUGGGCUUCUACCAGCCCCAUCUUAUCCCUGCAUUGGACUAUCUUGGUAUCCAUGUGUCCAAUGUUAUUAAAUUGGGCUUAGAGAGAGAAGAAGAGGAGACUCCAGAGGAAACAGAGGCAAUGGAGAAUAGCCACUCACCUGAAGAUCAAGAAGUUUGGACUCUGAAUCAGAGGAGGCAGCAAGAGCUAGAUGUGUUCUGGAAGCAGUUGGAACCAGUCUUGAAUAGUGGCAGUAUGGGAUCCAGACUCUAUGAUGUGGCCAGGCUGAGCUACAGCGUAAAGACGCAUUUGCUGCACCAGGACAUAGGCAACACUGAUGCCAUGGUGAAUGGAGAAUAACUGGCUUUUGGAGCUGCUAUAUUUGAGGGUGUGGCAUGUCUGCUGUAUGACAGUCUUGACUGGAAGAGACAGUACUGUCAUUAUCUCAACUGCAUGAGGCUGAUCCAAGUGCCAUUGGCCUGCAGACCCAAUCAGUAUUCCCGACAGAGCUCCUCUGAGGUUGUACAAACUGAAAGGAAGAAAGCAGUGACAGAGGAAGAGGAAGGUACAAGAAAGCAACCUAAUUCUUUGGGUGCAGAGGUUGAUAUGAGAUACUAUUGUGACCUACUGGACAAGAUUCCUCCUGAAAUUACAUCUGUACCUCUCGUACUGCACUGCAUGCUGGAGCAGGUGGUUGCCUCAGAACAGGAAGUUAAGACAGGAACAGCUGAUUCAGCAGAGCAGACCUUUGAUAGAACAAACCAAGAUCUAAUCCAUUACAUGCUCUCAUCUGUGCUGAGGCUGCCACACCCAGAAGAAGACAAGGAGAGGCUGAUAAAGGAUCUUGGGGUCCAGGACAGCCUGCUCAAUACUGAUCAGAAACCCCCACUCCUGAUCAAUCACCAUGAUGAGAGAGCGAGGAGACUCCUGCAGCUUCCUGUCCGGGGUGGCUUUGAUGCAAUCAGAAUUGAAGCUGAAAUAAUGAGUCAAAGUCUUCUGUGGACCAGCCUGAUGUCCAGACGCAUUGAGAGUACUACUGAUAGACUGGCCAGAUCUCAAGAGCUUAUGCACUUCUGCACUGAUGACUCUCUGAGCUGGUCUGAGCUACAGAGGCUUCUUCAGGUCUUUGUGUUUGAGAGUAUGCCAUUGACCUCAGUGGAUGAGAACGGCUGUAUUAGAGGAUCACAAUCAGGCCCUCCGAGCCCCACACCGUGGGACAACCCUGUCACCUUCGCCAAGAACCUUUAUUGGAACAGCAGCAUGGCAGCAGGAUCUGCAGAAAGCUGUGUUGGGACAGAGGACCAAAAGGGGAAUGAAGUUACUAUAACAUAUCUCCAAAAGACAAUGAUUCGGAAGCUAGAAGACUGGAACUGUGUAGAGAAGCACAGUGCGGAGGUCUUCCCUCAGGUCCUCCAGUCUGCAUCUGAGACCUACAGAUAUAUAGACACAUUUUACUGUAGCCGAGAUAGUGCCAUAUAUGUCAUCUGCCAUAAUCCCAUGAGCCCUCACAGGAGUUUCAGAGAAUUCUGGAAUGCGUCACUUCACACAGAUGUUGGAUUCAGGAACUACCUGGAAUAUGUAGCAGACUCCAUUAGUGAAUGGACCAGACAGGAAGAGGAAAAGUGGCAGAUUGAACAGCAGAGGAAGGAGGCAGAGAGAAAUAUCAUCCAAACCCCUUCAGAGUCCGACAGGAAAAGAGAGUCUCCAAUGUCAGACACAGCAGAGCCAUACAUAAGAGAGGACUCUCUCAAAGCCUGGAAAAUUGAGCAGGAUAGAUUGAUAGAGGAGGAGCAGUUAAAAAAGAUGAAGAAGGAGAAAGGAGGAAAAGCAACACCAAAAGUAGCAGAGACAACAGACUCUGCAAAGGACAACAAGAAAACCCCACAGUCCUCAAGAAAGAGCAGAGUUUCCGAAACAUCCAACUCAGCAACACAAGCUAAAGACAAGACCAGAGACACUCCAGAGACACCUCAAGAACUAGCCAAUGAGAGAAGAACAAAUGUAUUCACAGGCUACUGUUUAAAUGGGAAAUUGGCACAGGUCACCGGUAGUGUUCAGUCUGUUUAUCCCUGUGACGGAGGACAAAUAGACGUGGAGAGUUUUCACUUCAUACAAGGGUUGAGACAAGUGAAAUUAUGUGUGAAAAAGGAUGGCCAUCACUUUUACACACACAUUUCAGAGCGUAAAACAGAACAGGACAAACUGAUUGACAUCAGUAUGCUGGAUAAACAAGCUUCUCCAGGAGUCAAAUCAGAUUGUGAGACAGAGAAAUGUGUCUCUUUCUAUGCUGUCCUGGCCAAUGGCAUUCAGAUCUCCUGCAGUCAGAGCAGCCCAAACAAAACAGGAGCUCAAACUAAACAAAAUGAAGCCACCAGCUUUUCUACACACCAACAAUUACAGGAACAGCCAGCAGGUGCUGAGGUCGAGUCUGAGUCAACAGACAGUUCCGCUCCUCCUCCGGUUCUAAAUCUACAUGUGUCAGUGCCCAAUGGACUCAUCCUGCACUUUGAUUUUGAAGAUUCAGCAGAUGGAGAUGCCAAUGGUCGGUCUCUGCUAGUACGGCAGAGGUUCUACAGUGUUGAGUCCAAUACAGUUCUCACUCCAGACAUCAGCAUACACACUGAGGUCUCCAGGGUCAUCACGAGCAAAGGCACUGUCAUAAAACACAUGAGAGAUAGAUCUACUGAGGUCUUGUUUGCAGACAGUACAGUCAGUAGAAGCCCAGACUCUGGACCAGUAUGUGUGCUGGUUCCUCACUUACCAACAAAGGAGGCGGAGCCUAACAAAGAGCUGACUGUGGACAACAAAGAUACUAAAGACAAGAAAGGCAAGGUUAACUCUAAGGUGAAUGUGGAAGUUCUUCCAGAGCCAACAGUAAAUGAAAAGCAAAACUGGUGUCUUGAGGUUACUGGAGGUUCCUGGACCACCACCACCCCCUCUGGCCUCAGGAUCGCCUCUGUAGGAAAAAAGGAAGUAGAUGUGCAGCCCAUAUUGACCUAUCAUGCUACAGACCCCUUUAGUGGGACAGUUGUGGUCACAAGGGAGGACAAAGUGCUGUCUGUGUUGAGGACUGAUGGAACAGUGAUAGUGGAUCAUGCAGAUAGAACACGUAUUACCACCUUCUACCAGCAGAGGGAGCCACAACAUCUGAACUCAGGAGACAAGCUGGUUAGGGUGGAGAAAGCUGAAUUUGCCACAGUAAUAAUGGACUAUGAGAGAAGAACUUGUGAUGUUCUCUUUGGGGAUGGCACUUCCAUUAGUGCUACUGCUCAUGGAUCAUAUAAAAUUUAUCCUUGCGGAGGUGGUGUCCUUUACAUUGAUAAGGAUGGUGGAGCAGUGUAUUCAUCUCAACAGACUAAAGAAGGACCAGAGAGUGAACAUCUAAGCCAAUAUGUGAUGAACCAUAGUGCAGAUCUUCUCUGCCACAUGACGGACCCAGAGGGGAACCAGUUUCAAGUUAAUAAAGAUGGGCAGAUCAAUGUCAUGGUUAAUGGAUCAGAACAACAGUCAAUGAGAGAGCUAGCAGAGCUUCAACAGAAUGCUGACUUUAAAACACACCCACCCAGGUUGUUUGUGGUGCAUGAGGAUGUAUCAGCCUCAGAGUUGCUGAGAGCUCAGGAUGUUGAAGUUCUGCUGCAGAAUGUUUAUUGUGACUCCUCCAUCGCUGUUCUGACAGAUCCACUACCAGAUUCACAAGAAUCACUUGGUAUUACUCUGCUAAGGCCCUGCCCUCAAGACAUCAGCUCUCAUUGGCUCUUACCCAUGCAAGAUGAUGACAUCAUUCCCACCCACCUCAAAUCCAGGAAAUGGGACUCAUUCUCUGCAUUUGAGAAGAAGACUCCAGGCCCCCCUUUUGGAACCACCCUUGGUUGUGGUCUUGAGUUCAAGGAGAAACCCAAGUCUAGUGCUAUCCGAGUCCAGGCAGUUUUAGAGUGCCCUGAUGUGCUACUGGUUCAUCAGAUUACCCAGCAUCCACCUGUCACUGAAUCACUGCGCAGAAAAAUCAAGGAGAAAGUCAAGGCAUAUUUGGACCAGCUGCUACAGAGAGAGAAUCAGUGGGAGAAGAUGCAGUUGAAAGAUCCACGUACAGCAGAGGAACGAGUUCAUCAGACUGAUCUACUUCAGCUUGUACUGUCCCUUCCUGAUACUGAAGGUCCUCCAGUUGCCGUGGGGAUAAGGCCUCUGUCAGCUGAUGUGGCAUCUCUUUAUACUCAAGCAGUAAGAGCAGCCCAACAUCCUGACAAGCUAGAGGAAAAGACAGAAGGGAAAUUUCCUGAGUGCGUCAGUAAACAGAAGCAAAACUCUUUGUGGGAAAAAAGAAUUAACCAGCGCAGGCAAGAACUCCAAAAGCAGAGAAGUCAAAGAAAUGCAAUCAGACACCAGAUCGUUACUCCAUACUUUCAUCCUGAGCUGAAGGAGCUGAACUCAUUCUUCAAAACUGAUCUAGACUUGAACUCUCUCUCCAUGGAUCUUCCACCGUUCCCUCAUAAAAGAGACUCCAGGGUGCACAGUUUUUCCAAGAACUCUUCAUCAGGCAGAAGUAGUUCAAUUUCCUUUUAGCAUUAGAGAAAAACAAUGAUACUUAAGUGAUUUUUUUUUUUUUUUAAUGAAAAGAUCCUAAACUGAUUUUGGGUAACUUUUGGUAUUGAUUUUAACAAUGCAGAUGUUUUUAAAAACAUUUAAUAGCUUUGCCAUUUCUUUCUUCUUUCAAGUUUCCUUGCAUCUUUCUAUGCAUAAAAGGUAUAAUGUUUAAUUACCACUUCCUGGAAACAUCCCACUCCAACCUGUUCUCUUAGUCAUACAGAAAUUCUUAAUUUCUGACCAUAUCAGAAAUAAAUGCCUAAAAUAACUAUUUUUUACUUAUUUUAUUAGGUGUACAAACAACCAGUUUUGUAUCCAUUCUUAAGAAUUUAUGUGCACAUAUAUUUUUUACAAAUACAAAGGCUAACGUAGAGUAACAGAACAUUUUGCGAUUUUCAGGCUGAUUACCUGACACACCUUUACACAGUAUUUUAUUAAUGGAAGGAGAAAAUAAUUACAACACCUUCAUUAAAAAAUACUAAGAGAGAAUUGAUAAUGAAGGUGAUAAUGAAAUAUAUAUUGUAUAUAAUGAUAAUGAAAUCAGCAAGUUUCACUUUAAAAUUUUUCUUUGAAAAAUUCUUAGCAAUAAACUUGAAGGUGUGUGGGUGGAAAUGCUUAGUGAGCAACAUGUGGUAAAGAAUGAUUCAGCAAAUGUCACAUAAAAACUGCCCUUAUUAUGUUUUAUGAACCAGUCUGUGUGCUUUGAAAAGACUUCGGUGCACAACCAGCUUUUUUUUUUUAAAUAUUGCAAUUAAAACCAAAAUUUGUCUUUCUCAAAUUUAAACCAUGGCACAAUAUUUGUAUACUGUCAUUGAACAAACUUUGGUACAGAUUUGCUACAGUAAACAUAUCUGACUGACACUAUCAGCCUCAUGUCCUUAGUAAAGCUUCA